AUGGACCCCACCCACAUGCCUACACCAAAACGAUGUUUGGCUAUCCGAGAGAUCUCAAAGGCUGGUCACAAAACUCCACAAUGGUUGAUACAAUGGGAUGCAGACACCACUGAAAAUGCUACAUGGGAAGAUGCCUUCCACAUUCAAAGCCAAUUCCCUGAAUUCAAGCUUGAGGACAAGCUUGCUCCUCUAGCGGGUGGUAUUGAUAAGGAAGACGUUGGUCCAGAACUAAUCCAACCCACUGACUUUGAGCCCAAAAAACCCAACACUUGGAAGGUUGAAAUUUUGAUGGGACUUGAAGAAGAAUUUGGAAUCAGUGUGGAAGAAGAAAGUGUACAGAUCAUUACAACUGUUCGGGAUGUUGAUUUGAUUGAGAAGAGUUGGAGUAUUUACUGCUUCGAAGGGGCUCACCUACGAUUUACAAGAUGGGAACAAUUCAAAGUCUUCUUUCAAGAAGGACAAUUUACAAAGAUAGGUGUUUUAAUUGUUUGGGCAUGUUUCAGUGCAUACUGCCCUGUUGCAAAUCUGAAUAAGAAAAGUGGAUUUUGUGAUCCGAAGAUGGAGGAGACACCUUUUAGGGAAAGAGAGAAACAAAUAUUGUUUCAAAGCAUUCAGAAUAACAUUCAUCUCAAGGGUCCAAUGGAUAAAAUCAAAUAUGUUGAUAUCCCUCUUGCAUUGGCUAGUUCUUCCCUCUUUUUAAUUGUAACCAAUGAGAUUAUAUCAAAAAUAGAAGAAGCUGCUACACCAAUUGGAUUUUAUGUCAAGAAAUAUUACUACAAGUUGAAACUUCAAGGAGAAAAGACUGCACGCAAGGGUCAUUUAUCCGUUGCAACAGAGGUUGUGAGCUACACGACGCUAAUUGUAGGAGGAGUGGAAAGCGAAAGAAAUCAGUGGAGCAGGUGGAACUGGAGUGCGAAAAAUGGUGGGUGA